AUGAUUAAAAAAUUAAUUACACUUUCACUUGCAGUAACAUUCAUAUUCGCUGAUACAACUAGUCCAGGUUUAGAGGUUUAGUGUAAUACUUCUGAUUAAACUUUAUGUGGUUCAGCUGGUGGUAGUAGCUGGAUUGCAGGUUCAUCUGGCAAAUCAAAAAUUUCUGAUUGUAGUGCCGCCAAUAGUUUAACAAAUAUUUAUGACACUUUUUGCUUAUCUUGUGAUUCUUCUCCCUUUGCUAAUAGCGGACAAAAUGGUUGUCAAAGUACAGCUGCUAGUGUAGGAUUAAAAGUUCCAUGUUAAUAAAAUGAUAAUUGUAAUAGCUGUGGUACAGUUUCACUAGCUUUUGUAUGGUCUAUACCCUCUAGUGAUUUAAAUAAUUGCUAAAUAGCAUCAUGCUUAGCUGCUCCUUUACCAACUUCGAAUUUAAAUGAUAAUUUUUGCUAAUCAUGUGGUGGUACUAAUAUAUUUGCUAAUACAGAUAAAAACGCCUGUAUAUUAAGUAGUAACUCUUGUAUCUCUAGAAGUAAAAGUAUCCCUUGGGAUGAUGGGGACUGUAACAAAUGUAAUACUGGUAGUACUAGUAAUGGAACUAGCUUAUACGCUAACAGUGAUGGUUCAUCUUGUGUUGCAGUCCAGAAUUGCUCAAGACAAUCUGGUUGGAAUGAUACAGAUUGUAAUGCUUGCCAUAUAAGCACUAGCACCCCAACAUUAUUAUAUGCUAAUAGUGAUGGCUCAUCAUGUGUUGCAAGCUCAAGUACUUGCUCAAAAAUCUCUGGUUGGAAUGAUACAGAUUGUAAUGCUUGCCAUGCAAGCAGUAGCACCCCAACAUUAUUAUAUGCAAAUAUUGAUGGUUAAUCUUGUGUUGCAAGCUCAAGUACUUGCUCAAAAAUCUCUGGUUGGAAUGAUGGAGAUUGUAAUGCUUGUCAUGCAGGCAGUACCACCCCAACAUUAUUAUACGCUAAUAUUGAUGGUUCUUCUUGUGUUGCAGUCCAGAAUUGCUCAAGACAGUCUGGUUGGAAUGAUACAGAUUGUAAUGCUUGCCAUGCAAGCAGUAACACCCCAACAUUAUUAUACACUAAUGCUGAUGGUUCAUCUUGUGUUGCAAGCUCAGGUACUUGUUCAAGACACUCUGGUUGGAAUGAUACAGAUUGUAAUGCUUGCCAUGUAAGCACUAGUACCCCAACAUUAUUAUAUGCUAAUAGUGAUAGCUCAUCAUGUGUCGCAGUCCAGAAUUGCUCAAGACAAUCUGGUUGGAAUGAUACAGAUUGUAAUGCUUGCCAUAUAAGCACUAGCACCCCAACAUUAUUAUAUGCUAAUAGUGAUGGCUCAUCAUGUGUAGCAAGCUCAAGUACUUGCUCAAAAAUCUCAGGUUGGAAUGAUGGAGAUUGUAAUGCUUGCCAUGCAAGCAGUAGCACCCCAACAUUAUUAUUCACUAAUGCUGAUGGUUCAUCAUGUGUUGCAAGCUCAGGUACUUGUUCAAGACACUCUGGUUGGAAUGAUACAGAUUGUAAUGCUUGCCAUGUAAGCACUAGUACCCCAACAUUAUUAUAUGCUAAUAGUGAUGGCUAAUCUUGUGUUACAAGCUCAGGUACUUGUUCAAGGCACUCUGGUUGGAAUGAUGGAGAUUGUAAUGCUUGCCAUGCAGGCAGUGCCACCCCAACAUUAUUAUACGCUAAUAUUGAUGGUUCUUCUUGUGUUGCAGUCCAGAAUUGCUCAAGGCAGUCUGGUUGGAAUGAUACAGAUUGUAAUGCUUGCCAUGCAAGCAGUAACACCCCAACAUUAAUAUACACUAAUGCUGAUGGUUCAUCAUGUGUUGCAAGCUCAGGUACUUGUUCAAGACACUCUGGUUGGAAUGAUACAGAUUGUAAUGCUUGCCAUGUAAGCACUAGUACCCCAACAUUAUUAUAUGCUAAUAGUGAUGGCUCAUCUUGUGUUGCAAGCUCAGGUACUUGCUCAAGGCACUCUGGUUGGAAUGAUACAGAUUGUAAUGCUUGUCAUAUAAGCACUAGCACCCCAACAUUAUUAUACGCUAAUAUUGAUGGUUCUUCUUGUGUUGCAGUCCAGAAUUGCUCAAGACAGUCUGGUUGGAAUGAUACAGAUUGUAAUGCUUGCCAUGCAAGCAGUAGCACCCCAACAUUAUUAUACACUAAUGUUGAUAGUUCAUCUUGCGUUGCAAGCUCAGGUACUUGUUCAAGACACUCUGGUUGGAAUGAUACAGAUUGUAAUGCUUGUCAUGUAAGCACUAGCACCGCAACAUUAUUAUAUGCUAAUAGUGAUGGUUCUUCUUGUGUUGCAGUCCAGGAUUGCUCAAGACACUCUGGUUGGAAUGAUACAGAUUGUAAUGCUUGCCAUGCAGGCAGUGCCACCCCAACAUUAUUAUACGCUAAUAUUGAUGGUUCUUCUUGCGUUGCAGUCCACAAUUGCUCAAGACAGUCUGGUUGGAAUGAUACAGAUUGUAAUGCUUGCCAUGCAAGCAGUAACACCCCAACAUUAUUAUACGCUAAUAUUGAUGGUUCUUCUUGUGUUGCAGUCCAGAAUUGCUCAAGACAGUCUGGUUGGAAUGAUACAGAUUGUAAUGCUUGCCAUGUAAGCACUAGCACCCCAACAUUAUUAUACGCUAAUAUUGAUGGUUAAUCUUGUGUUGCAAGCUCAAGUACUUGCUCAAGGCACUCUGGUUGGAAUGAUGGAGAUUGUAAUGCUUGCCAUGCAAGCAGUAACACCCCAACAUUAUUAUAUGCCAAUAGUGAUGGCUCAUCUUGUGUUGCAAGCUCAGGUACUUGCUCAAGGCACUCUGGUUGGAAUGAUGGAGAUUGUAAUGCUUGCCAUGCAAGCAGUGCCACCCCAACAUUAUUAUACGCUAAUAUUGAUGGUUCUUCUUGUGUUGCAGUCCAAAAUUGCUCAAGACACUCCGGUUGGAAUGAUGCAGAUUGUAAUGCUUGCCAUACAAGUAGUAGCACCCCAUAAUUAUUAUACACUAAUGUUGAUGGUUCAUCUUGUGUUGCAAGCUCAGGUACUUGUUCAAGACACUCUGGUUGGAAUGAUACAGAUUGUAAUGCUUGCCAUGUAAGCACUAGCACCCCAACAUUAUUAUAUGCUAAUAGUGAUGGCUCAUCUUGUGUUGCAAGCUCAGGUACUUGCUCAAGGCACUCUAGUUGGAAUGAUGGAGAUUGUAAUACUUGCCAUGCAGGCAGUGCCACCCCAACAUUAAUACAUGCUAAUAGUGAUGGCUCAUCAUGUGUUGCAAGCUCAGGUACUUGCUCAAGACACUCUGGUUGGAAUGAUGCAGAUUGUAAUGCUUGCCAUACAAGUAGUAGCACCCCAUAAUUAUUAUACACUAAUGCUGAUGGUUCAUCAUGCGUUGCAAGCUCAGGUACUUGUUCAAGACACUCUGGUUGGAAUGAUACAGAUUGUAAUGCUUGCCAUGUAAGCACUAACACCCCAACAUUAUUAUAUGCUAAUAUUGAUGGUUAAUCUUGUGUUGCAAGCUCAAGUACUUGCUCAAAAAUCUCUGGUUGGAAUGAUGGAGAUUGUAAUACUUGCCAUGCAGGCAGUACCACCCCAACAUUAUUAUACGCUAAUAUUGAUGGUUCUUCUUGUGUUGCAGUCCAGAAUUGCUCAAGACAGUCUGGUUGGAAUGAUACAGAUUGUAAUGCUUGCCAUGCAAGCAGUAACACCCCAACAUUAUUAUACACUAAUGCUGAUGGUUCAUCAUGUGUUGCAAGCUCAGGUACUUGUUCAAGACACUCUGGUUGGAAUGAUACAGAUUGUAAUGCUUGCCAUGUAAGCACUAGCACCCCAACAUUAUUAUAUGCUAAUAGUGAUGGCUCAUCAUGUGUUGCAAGCUCAAGUACUUGCUCAAGGCACUCUGGUUGGAAUGAUGGAGAUUGUAAUGCUUGCCAUGCAAGCAGUAGCACCCCAACAUUAUUAUACACUAAUGCUGAUGGUUCAUCAUGUGUUGCAAGCUCAGGUACUUGUUCAAGACACUCUGGUUGGAAUGAUACAGAUUGUAAUGCUUGCCAUGUAAGCACUAGCACCCCAACAUUAUUAUAUGCUAAUAUUGAUGGUUAAUCUUGUGUUGCAAGCUCAAGUACUUGCUCAAGGCACUCUGGUUGGAAUGAUGGAGAUUGUAAUGCUUGCCAUGCAGGCAGUGCCACCCCAACAUUAAUACAUGCUAAUAGUGAUGGCUCAUCAUGUGUUGCAAGCUCAGGUACUUGCUCAAGACACUCUGGUUGGAAUGAUGGAGAUUGUAAUGCUUGCCAUGCAGGCAGUGCCACCCCAACAUUUUUAUACGCUAAUAUUGAUGGUUCUUCUUGUGUUGCAGUCCAGAAUUGCUCAAGACACUCUGGUUGGAAUGAUGGAGAUUGUAAUGCUUGCCAUGCAAGCAGUGCCACCCCAACAUUAUUAUACGCUAAUAUUGAUGGUUCUUCUUGUGUUGCAGUCCAAAAUUGCUCAAGACACUCCGGUUGGAAUGAUGCAGAUUGUAAUGCUUGCCAUACAAGUAGUAGCACCCCAUAAUUAUUAUACACUAAUGUUGAUGGUUCAUCUUGUGUUGCAAGCUCAGGUACUUGUUCAAGACACUCUGGUUGGAAUGAUACAGAUUGUAAUGCUUGCCAUGUAAGCACUAGCACCCCAACAUUAUUAUACGCUAAUAUUGAUGGUUAAUCUUGUGUUGCAAGCUCAAGUACUUGCUCAAGGCACUCUGGUUGGAAUGAUGGAGAUUGUAAUGCUUGCCAUGUAAGCAGUAGCACCCCAACAUUAUUAUACACUAAUGCUGAUGGUUCAUCAUGUGUUGCAAGCUCAGGUACUUGUUCAAGACACUCUGGUUGGAAUGAUACAGAUUGUAAUGCUUGCCAUGUAAGCACUAGCACCCCAACAUUAUUAUAUGCUAAUAGUGAUGGUUCAUCUUGUGUUGCAAGCUCAGGAUCUUGUUUAAGAAAAUCUGGUUGGACUGAUUAAGAUUGUAAUGCAUGCAAUGCAAAUACUUCCAACUCAACGUUUAUAUACGCAAAAGCAGAUUAAUCUAGCUGUUAAACCUCAGUAGUGUAAGGUACUAAUGUGUAAUGCUAAAGUAAUAAAUCUUGUUCUAAUUGUGGCAGCUUCACUAAUUUUACUUUCCUUCCAUCAGGAUCAGAUACCUAAAAUUGCUAUAUUAAGUCUUGCUUAGCUGCUACAAUGCCUACAACUAAUUUGAAUGAUUAUUUAUGUGGUUCCUGCAAUCAAAGCAACAAAUUUGCAAAUGCUUACAAUACCAAUUGCGUAAAUUCAACAGGAACCUGUAGUAGAAAUUCUGGUUGGACUGACUCAGAUUGUAAAGUAUGCUAUGCUAAUGGCACUAAUUCUGCAAAUCAAUAUGCUACUGCAGAUUAAAAAUAAUGCAUCUCUAAUAAACCUAGUUAGUCAUCAGCAGGAUAAACAUCAUCAUUACCCUCAUCAUCUAUUAUAUUAGCUUUUUCAAGCUUAAUAAUAGCUUGCUUACUUAUUUGA